AUGAGCGCUGAACCGAUACUGCGCAAGACGCGCAUCGUCUGCAUCUCUGAUACGCACAACCAGACACCGAAGCUGCCCGCAGGAGACGUUCUUAUCCACGCCGGAGACCUGACGAACCAAGGAAGCUUCUCGGAGCUCCGCAAGACGAUCAGUUGGCUGGAAAAAGCUCCGUUUGAGGCGAAAAUCGUGGUUGCUGGUAAUCACGACAUCACGCUCGAUGAGUCUUUCUACGACCAGCAUGGCUUAUACUUUCAUAAUCAAAAUCCUCAGAACCCCAAAGAAUGCAUCAGGCUUCUAAAAAGUUCGCCGAGCAUCACCUACCUCCAGAACGAGUCGACCACGGUACAACUGACAAAGCCAGACGGACCGCAAACGCGAUUCACUGUCUUCGGGAGCCCCUACUCGCCCUACUGCGACAGCACGUGGGCUUUCCAGUACGAGCGCGAGGACGGGCAGAAAAUUUGGGAUACGAUCCCGCUCGACACGGAUAUUCUCGUGACGCAUGCGCCUCCGCAACACCAUUGUGAUACGUCUUCGAAAGGCGGGCCAGACGGGUGCAAGGCGCUCCGCGAAGCGUUGUGGCGCGUUCGGCCGAGCCUGCACGUCUGCGGUCAUAGACACGAGGGCAGAGGCGUGCAUCGUGUCAGAUGGAAGCUCGAUCUGCCAAUGGUGAAGCAGCUGGAGGCCAGCACUGAUAUAUGGCGAGACCCCGGCGCUGGCACCAACAAGCAGUCGCUCGUGGACCUCAGUGCCAAAGGCGGGAAUCCGAUAGACACCUGCUACGCUCAUGGCACGCACGUCGCGGAGAACCACGUCUCGUGCUCCGCAGCCGCCCGCCCGCUGCCGUCUUCUCCUGUUGAUGUCAUUCCAACCUCUCGUGCGCUCUAUUGCUCGCCGUGUCUGCAACCGCAGCCCAGCCAGGCGGUGGAUGCUAUCAUCUCACAGAACGUGACGCAGUCGCCGAUGAAUGCAUUGGGCCAGUAUGACAGUGGGGAGCUCAUCUCUCGCCUAGACAGCUACAGAUUGGCGGCGGUAUCAGGUAGACUGGGCAAACGGGAGACGUGCGUGAUCAACGCAGCAAUCAAGGCACAAAGCUACAACUACGGCGAUCCGAAGCGUACUAACAAGCCGAUCGUAGUUGACAUCGACCUCCCGUCUUGGCCAAACACAGGGCCAGGGCGGCGGGACUGA